UUUAAUUAACCAGGGUAUGAGAACUGGAGAUGCUACACCUGAGUUAAUUACCUGCCCUGAUGUGUAGUCCAGUUUUUUGGUGUAGUUGUUUUUUUUGUUUUUGUUUUCUAUUUUAUUUUUGACUUUUAAAUCGUGACCAAAAAAAAAAAAAUGACAAAACAGGAAAAAAGAGAGGAAUUCAAAUAAUUCUUUGGAUAUCUUUUGGGGAACAUCGUGUUUGCUGCAUUUUUUUUUUUUUUUUUUUUUAUUUCUCUCCCCAUAACCCUUGGAGGAAUUCGAGUUCAGACACAGAAUCAUUUUUCUUUCUUGUAAAGUUUAAAAAAAAAAUAAAUAAAAAAAAAAAAAUAAAAUAAUCAGAAAUCAAAUAAAAUUGAUCCUGGGUGACAGAAAGAGAAGAUCCUGAAGAUCCUUGGGGUGCUGGUGUAUUUUUUUAGGGGUUCCCCUCUCCCCUCUCCUCCUCCUCGGGUUGUCCAACAUGUCAGGGGGGCGCGCUGCAGUGGCCUGGCCUGCUAUUGGGGCGCGGGUGCCUGCCCCUCCUGCGGGAGGCGCCAGGUGGAGUUUUGAGAGUCCGGUGGGGGUGGACUGUAGCGACCCUGAACCCCGCUGCAUCUGGCUGGCUAUCCUGCGCAGCGUCAGCAAGGCGAAACACUCCAAAACAGGGGCGCAGGGGACCCUCCCACCACCCCGCAGCCAGGAACUCAAGCAACAGCCGGCGAAGGGGCGGAGAGAUGGAGCUCCCUCGUCCAAUGAGAAUGCACGGCCGGCCUCGGGGGAGGGGCUGCAGUGGCCCGGCCCGCGCUCGCUGGUUUUGCACAAGAACUCCCAGGGAUUCGGGUUCACGUUGCGGCACUUCAUUGUGUACCCGCCAGAGUCCGCCGUGCGCAGCAGCCCCACGGAUGAAGAGAAUGGGAAUGGAAAGGGAUACCAGAAGGGUCGGCUGGAGCCAAUGGACACAAUCUUCGUGAAGAACGUGCGUGAGAGAGGCCCCGCCCACAUGGCAGGACUUUGCACGGGGGACCGGCUAGUGAAGGUGAAUGGAGAGAGUAUUCUGGGUAAGACCUACUCCCAGGUCAUCGCACUGAUCCAGAACAGUGACAGUGUCCUGGAGCUCUCCAUCAUGCCCAAAGAUGAAGAUGUUUUACAGCUGGUAAGUGCAUACUCGCAGGAUGCCUAUCUGAGAGGGAAUGACCCAUUCCGCGGAGGAGCCCAGAACCUGCCCGACCCACCUCCGCUCUGCUACCCGCGCAAAACCUACCCGGGGGUCCCACCCCAGAACCAGCCUCCGCAGCACCUGGACAACUGGUCCUGCCGCUCGGGCUCCCAGGGGCCCUUGCCCCCCCUGGAUAACCGCUCAGGAGGGGAGUCGGGGGGAGUGGGUCACUCCAGCCCGGCCCAUAGAACCGAGGAGGUACAGUACGGGAUGACCUGCCGAGGUGGAGGGGUUCGGUCUGUCUCCUCCUCCUCCUCCUCUGCGACCAGCCCGCCGCCGCACCAGAACCACAGCACGGGGCGCCCCCUCCCCCACACACAGCCCCCCAGGCAGGGCAGCUCCCCUUGGGCCAGCAGCGAGACCCGCCUCACCUCCCCUCCGCAACCCCAGCCCCAGCCAGCCCCCGCUCGCAGACAGGCCCAACUCUGUCAGCAGGCUCUGUCGGACUGGUAUUACAGCCAGCAGGGGCCCCAGAGGCCCCCUGGCCACACUGCCAUGCCCCCCCGACAUCGCAGCUUUUCUCAUGACAGACUCGGGGACCCCCCUCCCCUCAGCCACUUCCGGGGGCCACACAGUGCCUCGCAGGACUUCCUCCUGCACCAACACCACUGGGGCCACCCCUCUGGGGCCCCGAGUGUGACUGGGGACUCCUGCUGGAGCCGUGCAGGCAGGGCGCGCUCGGAGAACCAGCUGGACAGCAGGCGGGAGCUCCACGGCCGCUCGCUGGAGACCCUGGACCGAGCGGCGCUGUCCCCCGGGCUCGAGCGCACGACCUGGCUGCAGCAGCAGUGCCAGCACAGCAGGACCAGCGUGGGAACCAGCACCCCCAGUAACAGGGAGAGAGCCCAGCCCCAGCCCCAGCAGCCAGCUCAGCCGGGGAGCAGGGAGAGGGGGAGGGAGGUGCCCAGGCUGCCUCCCCAGCAGAGCUUCGAGGACCCGUUGGUGGGCUACCGCAGCUAUAGCCCCUCCUUCUACCGCAAGACUGACCUGCUCCUCAACGCACACUCCUUCAGGGACCCCUCCUACGCUGGGCCUCGCCUCAACUGGGCGCCCACCCCAAAAACCAGCCCCCCAGGGGACCCCGAAACUGACGCCACCUCCACUCCUCCCCUUCCCCUUCCCCCGGCCCAGGACGGGGUGCGGAGACCGACCAAUCAUGAGCGAGGUGUGGGAGGGGGCGGGGGAGGGCCGAGGGAGGAUAUGUCUCAGAUACAGCAGCAGCAGGAGGUGGUUUUGAGACAGAAGCCCCCCAUGGGCCGACGCACCUCUCAUGGAUUCAGACACCCCCACUAUGCCUUGUCCACGGACCCCCAGGACUCCCCCGCGCAGGUAGGGGCCCCCCUGGGGGACACAGGGCCCCGCAGCGCCAACAGGGGCCUUCCGCCGCUACCCAUAGACGAUGACUCGCUGGCUUCCAUCCCCUUCAUAGACGAGCCCACGAGUCCGAGUGCUGACCUGCGAGCCAGACACGUGCCGGCCUCCUCCGUGGUGUCGAGCGCCAUUAGCUCCGCCCCCCUGAUCACCACGAGCCCCGCCUCCCCCACCUUCACCUUCCCGCUGACCAGGGUCUUCUCGCAUGACUGCAGCAGUAUCAAGGCCAGCCGCCGCUCCUCCUAUCUGCUUGCUAUCACCACGGAGCGCUCCAAGUCAUGUGACGAGGGUCUCAACGCCUUCAGGGACGAAGGCCGAGUCUUCUCGAGGCUUCCAAAACGAGUGAAGAGCUUUUUCACAGAUGGGUCUCUGGACAGCCUGGGCGUUGCGCAGGACGUUCGCUCAAAGCGCCACUCCACCUCGGAGCUCAGCAACCUGACCUUCAGUGACGUGCGCAGGGAGGGCUGGCUGCACUACAAGCAGAUCCUCACCGAGAAGGGAAAGAAGGCGGGCAGCGGGAUGCGUCCCUGGAAGCGAGUGUUCUCCGUGCUGCGCUCGCACGCGCUCUUCCUCUACAAGGACAAGCGAGAGGCCGUGCUCUUCAACUCCGCCCACUCCGAGGACGAGCAGCCAAUCAGCAUCCGCGGCUGCCUGGUGGACAUCGCGUACAGCGAGACGAAGCGCAAGCACUCUCUGCGGCUCACCACGCAGGACUUCUGCGAGUACCUGCUGCAGGCCGAGGACCGGGACGACAUGCUGGGCUGGAUCAAGGGGAUCCGCGAGAACAGCAGAACCGGCGGGGAGGAUUCUGGUUUCUGCGGUCAGGCGCUCAUUAACAAGAAGCUGAACGACUACAAGAAGCAGAGCCCCACAGGCAGCAAGCCCGACUCCUCUCCUAAAGGGACCCGAAUGAAGCCCCCCUUCCUCACGGCAACGGGGGCUCCCCGUUCCCCCAAACAUGACUCCGGGAACAAGGAGGACAGCAGCCCCCCCAAGUCUCCAUGGGGGAUCAACAUCAUGAAGAAGGUGAAGAAGUCGGGGCCCAAAGUGUUUGGGGUGCGGCUUGAGGACUGCCAGCACGGGGUUAACGAGAAGUUUGUCCCCCUGAUCGUGGAGCUGUGCUGUGGCCUGGUCGAGGAGAUGGGUCUGGAGUACACUGGUAUUUACCGGGUCCCAGGCAACAACGCUGUGGUAUGCAGCCUGCAGGAGCAGCUCAACAAGGGCAGCAUUGACAUCAACCCUGCCGACGAGAAAUGGCAGGACCUGAACGUGAUCAGCAGUCUGCUCAAGUCUUUCUUCAGAAAGCUUCCAGAGCCCCUCUUUACUGACGACAAAUACAACGAUUUCAUAGACGCUAACAGAAUGGAGGAUGCAGGAGAGAGACUGAAAACCAUGAAGAAACUGAUCCGAGACCUGCCGGAUUAUUACUUCCACACACUCAAGUUCCUAGUCGGUCACCUCAAAACAGUGGCUGACCACUCCGAUAAAAACAAGAUGGAGCCUCGUAACCUGGCCCUGGUUUUCGGCCCCACGCUGGUCAGGACGUCGGAGGACAACAUGACUGACAUGGUGACGCACAUGCCAGACCGCUACAAGAUUGUGGAGACCUUGAUACAGCAUCACACCUGGUUUUUCAGUGAGGAGACGGACAAAGAUGACAAGACUCCAGUAGACAAGGCAGACAUGCAGCCAGCGCCGAACAUUGACCACCUCCUGCCCAACAUCGGGAGGACUGGGGUGCUGGCGGAGGCCUCGGAUUCAACCAACAGCGACUCAGCUAAAUCCAAGGGCUCGUGGGGGUCGAAGCGGGAGCUGUACUCCAAGGAGCUCCUGGCCCUGUCCAUCCUGUCGGCCGUGACCCGCAAGCGCAAGAAGCGCCGCAAUGCCAGAGUCCGGGGCAACAGCACCGACGAGGACUCCGAGCACGAGCCAAUCAAAACCAGCCACCGCGGGGGGCGGGGCCUGGAGGAGGAGGAGGAGGAGGAGGAAGGAGCGGGAGCCAGGGGGGAUGAGGAAGAGAGGGAGGGGGCGGGAGAGAGAGAGGAGGAGGAGGAGGAGGAGGAGACUGGAGGAGAGAAGCAGCGAGAUGAUCCCAGGAGCCAGGAGGUCGAAGAGGAGCAGUGCAGAGCCCCAGAGGAGCCGAAGGAGAGGCCCCCCCCGGAUGCUCGCUCCAUCGUGUCGGGGUACUCCACACUGUCCACGCUGGGGGGGCGUGGGGGGGAGGAGGCGGAUGACGAGCGCAGCGAGCUGGUGAGCGAGAGCGGGGGGGGUCUGCCGGAGACCGACACGGAGAGUGGCUUUGCCUCGCACCCGCAGACCCAGGAGAGACCCCCCAAGCAGGACCGCCGGAGGAGAGGCCAGGAGCAGGAGAAGCUCUCCCAGCAGCUCUCCCAGCAGCUCAGCAAGCUGCCCGCCCCCGCCCCCCCCCGCAGCUUCCUGUACUCGCACUGCAGACCGGGAGCCACAGGGGGGGAGGUGGGCCCCCGCUCAGACACCCCCUCCUCCCUCUCAUCCAGCACCUCCACCUCCAGCACAGCUCCCCGGCUGCACAGCCGGCCCUCCUUCAACUCCCGCAGGCUGAUCCAGUGCGACACGCUGGCCCGCAAGAAGCUGCGCGGGGGGGAGAAGAGGCUUCCGCGGCCCCCGGGUUUGGAGAAAGACGCAGGGGGUUGUUUGCGGUCCUCGCUGGGGGAGGAGGAGGCAGGAGUCGCCGUGGACACUGCAGACAGUGCCGACAGCAGCAGGGUCUCUGUUCCCAGGGCGGUGUGCAGCAACCAGGAGAGCCUGAGGCUGGGCGGGGAGCCGUGCAGGGUGAACGAAGCCGCCUCCUUCUCCCCAGCCUCAGCAGGGAAGCCCCUCCCCAGACCUCGCUCCUCCGCAGACGACAUGUUCGGCGUGGGCCUGCGCAAGCCCCACUCCCCCGAGACGCGCCGCAAGAAGAAGGCAUGGCGCCGGCACACGGUCGUGGUGAACAUCAGCGGCAUGUCCGACCCCCAGAGCGGCAAGAGACUGUCUGACUCCUGCAGCGAGGGUCGGCCGCGCUCCGGGAGCUAUGGCAGCCGCCCUCAGGACAGCAAACCUGCCCGCUCCAGCGCUGUGGAUCUGCCACCCCCCUAUCCCCACCCCCCCGGCAGCGCCCCGAGCUCUGCGCCUCAGCACACAGCAGCCUCCCGCUUCCACCUGUAUCUCUAGGGGUGGCAGGGCAGGGUCAGGGCAGUGAUGUCAGCCCUGGUCUUUACAGGAGCCCUCUGCUCAAACCGCUUGCAUCUCCGUCAUUCCCCCAGUCCACUGCCCUUCAUCAAAGUAUCUUAGACAGACCUCCCGUUUUUUAUUUCGCUGUGCACUUUUUCAGAAAUACUGAAAACAGUGAAUUAGUGAAGGGGCCCUUUAUACAGGAAAAACAAGACUUGUACAAUUCAGUGUCAACACGGACUACCAGUGACUUAUCGAGGGAGCACUAUAUUCAUUUUAAUUUUUUUUUUUUUUUUUAUAUAAAUAAUACAAGCCAAGGAACAGAACUAAUCAGGAUUACAUUUUAAUAAGAAAUGUGAGUUUUUUUUCUAAAGAUUAUUUUACAGUACGCCAUUCUCAGACGCUUGUUUAACCUGUCACCGGUCCCGAUAGAAGCAGGAGUUCUGCAAUCAUGAAAUAAUGCCAGCUCUGUUUCUGCAGGGGAGCCUCAGGCUGUACUGAAGGGCAGCAGUGUUACACAGGCAGUGCCACUCCUGCAGUCACACAGCACACCACACUGCAGACAGGGAUCGGAUCAGUGCUGCAGAUACUGUCAGUGUUACAGGGAUAGCAUCCUCAGUCCAGGUGUUGGUUUCAGCUGUGUCCUAUAUAGUGCAGGCUUAAAGAUUGCUAUUUUUUGAUAAUGAGUUUAUUGUUGAUUUUGUACCACCAGCCUCCAAUCCACUAUUCAAAAGGAAAACAAUACUGAAGUCUGGAUCUCUACAGUAUCCCUUCGAUCGACAAUACAUAACUAUAUAUCUAUAUGUCGAUAUCCAUCUGUAUAUAUAUAUAUAUAUAUAUAUAUAUAUAUAUAUAUAUAUAUAUAUAUAUAUAUAAUAUAAUCUUUAUGUCUGUAUGUCUUUAGGACCUGGCUGAAUCAACUGUUGUGUUAAAGAGUUUUACAAUGGAGGGCAGUGCUGUGUGGGGUAAUAGCAGUAUUAUGCGAUCAGUGUGGCUGUGUUUCAGGCAGUGGUACAGGACAGUGAGGCUCCUCCCAUUCCUCCACUCUGGGUGCUUUUCCUCCCUCCCAGCCCUGUCUCCACAGCCCAGCGGGGAGUUUGCAGGCUCCUGGCUCCCUGUGCUAAGUUGAGGGACCAUGCAGUGCGUGUGUGUGUGUGUGUGUGUGUGUGUGUGUGUGUGUGUGUUCAUGUGUAAGAGUUUUUUGUAACAUGUGUAUAAAGCCUUGCUAAGUUAACCUCUGUGUGUGUGUGUGUGUGUGUGUGUAUGUAUGUGUAUAUAUAUAUAUAUAUAUUACACACACACAAUGUAUAAUAUUGUAUUUUCAUUGUUUACAAUUGUGCAUUCCAUGCUCUCCCUUUCUUUACAAUGUUACUUGAAAUGUUAUCCCUUAUGUUUAU